CAUAUAAGCAACAUGGCAAAGAAGGAGCGUGGUUCCUUAGAUCUUAGGCCGAUCAAGAUAGAACAAGGUCUAUUGGGUCAUCAAGAUGGAAGUGCAUUGUUCUCCUUUGGUCCUGUAUCAGCUCUAGCAGCCGUUAGUGGUCCAAGUGAAGUUCGUAUACGUGAUGAAAGGACGGAUAGAUCAGCAUUACAAAUUCACUUCACACCUUUACAGGGUAUUGCAGGAACGUCUGCAACCACAUUCGAAAGCACGCUACAGGGAAUAUGGCAAAAUACACUGCAGCUACAUUUAUAUCCAAGAUCGCUGGUUCAAAUUCACUUGCAAACAUAUGCUUCUCCACCUCAACUUGUCAGUCAUCCUCUCUUACAUCCUGAUCAAAGAACACCGAUCGAUCAACCACCAAUUCAACCUCCUCAUCCGGAUGCUCCCAUUUCAGUCUCUCUAAGAGCAGCACAUAUCAAUGCUACCACUUUGGCUUGCUUGGAUGGUUCGAUCCCAAUGCGAAGUAUGGUAGCCGCCUGUUCAGCAGUAGUGAUACGGAAAGGAAUUCGGUCUAAUCUAAUGCGUGGUUGGAGAGCAGGAGAGACAAACCCAACCGAACAGGAAACCCAAAGUGAUUCAGAUCAUUUUGAAAUUCUAUUGGAUCCAACACCAUACGAAGAAAGUUUAGCAAAAAGUUCACACGUUUUCGCUUUCGCAUUUGAAAAACUUGCCAAUCAAUCCGAUUUUCACUCUGGAUUGAUCUAUAACGAUAGUCAAGGCACACAGAGCGGGGCAGACUAUCUGAAUUGCUUAAGUUUAUGCAGAGAAGCAAGUCAGAACAUCGUCAAACUCAUGAGAGAUACAAUGGCUCGACGUCUGCUCGGUGCACAGGAAGAGAAAGGGGAUACAUCAAUGGAUGCAUAGAUUUGGAAUACAAGCAAGCAUUCACCUCACUGUAUACUAGACAAUGCAAACUUAUUCAGAGAAUGGUAAAUCAUGUGUGUGUGC